AUGCGGCAUUGUGCCAUUGACAAGCAGAAGGCUGCAGUCCUCCGUUUGCAAGCUUUGCGGGCUGAGAGGGAACAAAACUGCAACAAAGCACUUGCAAGCAAGACCGAGGAACCCAGAACGGUGGUGGGCUUUGAACCUCAAGGCUCAAUGUUCAUGAGCAAGGAGGAGAUUGAGAAAAUGCGUCGGGAGAUCCAAGAGAAGCAAAAACAGAGGCAGCGGGACAUAUCUCGAGUGAAGGCCGAGCUUGAAGGAGAUUGUCCAGUGUUUCUCUCUCAUCGCAUGCGGCGGAUUUUGGAAUCUAUCCUCAAGGUUCCCAUUGCUGAGAAGGCCAGCGAAGACUUCGAUUCGUCAUCGCUGGAGGAGCAUGUGGCCAAAGCUGUCGCAGCUCUAACUUUUUAUCACAAUCUACCGCCAUCCUACCUCCAGUACAUGCUCAGCCAGGACCGAGACCUCUGGAAGUUCUCCCUGAAGGACUCUUCGGAAAAGACCUAUGGUCAGGUGCUUGAUCGCCUCAACGCCGAUCUGAAAGAGGAUAAACCUGCGAACAUUGACUUGAAGCCCAAUGACAGCCUGCAGGAUGUGCAAGAGGUUGUGGUGAAGAUGAAGGCGGCGCUGCCUUCGAAAGGCUUCGGCGACGGAAGUGCGCACAAUGAGGAGGUGGUUCGGCUGCGACGUGAGGAGCGUGGCAUGCCUAAGGCUUGGUUUGGACCUGAUAUGAUCGAUGAGGACAACUACACCUUCAAGCGGGCAAUUGUCAACAACCUUCCAAUAGCACAGCACAAGGACGAGAUCACACAACUGAUCAAAGACAAUCAGAUUGUGUUGAUUCAAGGUGAAACUGGAUGUGGCAAAACAACACAAGUGCCGCAAUACAUUUUGGAGGCUGCGGUGAAGGCCCAGUUGGAGGCCAAGCAGCUGAAGUCGCGGAACUCCGAUCUGCGGCGCCCCGCACGCAUCGUGGUGACCCAACCGCGCCGCAUCGCCGCCAUCACCGUGGCCAAGCGCGUGGCCGAAGAGCUGGGCGAGAAGGUUGGCGAAGGCGUUGUCGGCUACAAAAUUCGUGGCACUACUGUGGCUGGCCCAAAGUGCAAGCUGCUCUUUUGCACGACAGGAGUGAUUUUGCGGAGACUAGCCAACGAGGGCACCAAGUUUAUGUUCGGCCCGAAGACUGUUACGCACCUGCUGGUGGAUGAGGUGCAUGAACGAGGAGUUGAGACGGAUUUCAUGCUGACCUUCCUCAAGGAGGUUCGGUCUGUUCGACCAAACCUUCGAGUGGUGCUCAUGAGUGCCACGAUGGACACGGAGUGUUUUUUGAAGUACUUCAGUCUUCCAGCCCAGGUGGCCAGUGUGGGUGAGAUGGUGAAGCCGCCUAUGGUGGUGUGUCCAGCAUUUUGCCAUCCGGUCGCUGAGUGCUACCUGGAUGCCAUCAACACACGUUUAGGUAGGAACCGCUCACCAGAGGCAAAGAGCCCUGAUGCGUUGCGAAGAGAGCCAGCGGAGAUGUCAGAGAGUGAUGGCAUCGAUUAUGAUCUCAUCCUGAAGAUCGUUGAAGAGAUCGAAACGUCACCGGAUGGUGCAUGGACUUUUGCUCCGGAGUCCAUGAGAUCCAUUCCAAAGGAUCCUCGGAAAGGCGCGAUCUUGGUUUUCCUGCCCGGUCUGGGCGAGAUCACGCAGCUCAUGUCGAAGCUUGCAGAUGACAGCAAGAUGGCAUCUAAAUGGUGGGUCCUGCCGCUUCAUGCCAACCUGCCCCCAGAGGAGCAGCAAGCCUGCUUCAAUGUCACGCUGCCAGCAGGCUGCACCCGGAAGAUCAUUUGUUCCACAAAUGUGGCGGAGACAUCUGUCACAGUGCCUGACGUCACUGUGGUCAUUGACACCUGCCGUGAACGGAGAAACCAGGUCGACCGGCACAGCAACACUCCGAUGCUUCGAGAACAGUGGUGUGCUCUUGACUCCAUGAAGCAGCGCCGGGGUCGGGCUGGUCGUGUUCAACCAGGUGUCUGCCUGCGACUUCUGCCCGAGAGGUACUUGGAGCGCAUGCAAUCAAUUUCACCGCCAGAGAUGCAGCGAGUCCCUUUGGAAAAUGUCUACUUGCAGGUUUGUGCCAGUGGCAUUAGUGAUAGGCCAGGCUUUUUAGCCAAAACACCAGACCCUCCGGACAAAUUCUCCGUGGAGUUUGCUGAGGCUGCGCUUCGGGACUUGGGAGCCUUAGAUGCUCAACAGCCAGAUGGUCUCACACCGCUGGGCCGACACCUGGCAGCCUUGCCAUGUCAUCCCCGGCUGGGAAAGAUUCUCGUGUUAGGUUGCUUGCUGGGUGUGCCAGGGCCAUGCCUGAGUAUCUGCGCUGCCAUGUCAGUGAGAAAUCCAAUGAUGACGACGCAAGACACCACAAAGCGUGCUGGGUGGCAGUCUGCAAGGAUGGAGAUGGUUGGAGAGAUUGGCACCAGAAGUGACCACUGUGCGUGGGCACACAUCGUGCAAGAAUGGCGCUUUGGAGACAUGAAGCAGCGGGAGCUCUGCAGAAAGCUCGGGCUCUCCUUCGAGAGGAUGUGUUCCUCUAUGUUUGAGCGAAAGCAUUUGAUGGAGUCUUUGAUGCAAGUGGGUCUUCUUCCGAGCACCUUCAAAGACGAUGAAUACACAACAAAAGACAAGAUGCCUGACUGGAAUCUGGUGAAGGCUGCUGUUGUGGGAGGUCUUUUUCCCAACAUCAUACAUGCACAGAGACAGCAAAAGUCUGGCAGGUAUUACAGCAGCAACUUUGGUGACAAGGCAAAGCUCCCUAUAUACCAAAUGAUGCAAAGGACAAGUGGCACUGACACAGUGGGAUAUCCCAAGUCCGUGAAUCUUCAUCCCAACUCAUUGAUGUUUGGACAUGAUCAGUUUCAUUGUCCCUGGUUGGCGUUCUAUACCAUCCAGCAAACCAGCAAGCUCUACGCCUACGACGUCUCUGAGGCCAGCCCUUUUGCAUUGCUACUCUUUUGCUCUGAACCAGGGCCGGUCUUCCAAGAGUUCACGCACACCAUGCAGGUCGGUGGCUUUGCCAGCUUCCGCUGCCGGGGUGGGAAGCAGUUGGUGCCUUUGCUCCAGGCAGCCCGUCGGGCCAUCCAAGAUGUUUUGGAGAGGAAAUUGGAGGAUGUGAAAUGGGAUCUGACCACCUCCAAGGAGCUGGAUGUUUGUGUGAACCUUCUGCGAUGCAACGGUCUAGGUUUCCGACCGCCAGAUCCAAAAGACUUCGUGCGGACAGCGCCAGCACAGGCACGUGAGUUUAAUGAGAACGAGAACGAGACGGCCUUCAUGAUGCGAAAGGAUGAUGAACAACAGGAACGCAUGAAGGAAGUCUGGGCCAACGCGAAAAAGUUAGCCGACUCCUGA